UUGGACGCUCUGGAAGUGAAUCUCAGCUGCAGCACUGUCUAAACUGCUCAGCGCUUCCUAUUCGUGUGGAUUCCAAAGGUGUUUUAGUGUUGAUGUAUGUAUUAUCACAGGGAUUAUUGCUUGUGAAGAACCAUGGAACUUUGCAAAGCAUCUAUCAGAUGUGAUGCAGAGGAUAUAAUGGAGCAUAUUUUAACACAUUGACAUUGCAUUUACUUUAAGGAUUACUUGGAUUAUCUGUAUCAUCCUCAAAAUGAUAAGUGUUGAUUACUCCAUGAAGCUCAGUGUUAGUUUGGGGAAAGUUUCUGGAAGAUCUGAGCAUGAAUAGGAGUCUGCUGGUGUGAAACAAGGCCUUCCAGGAACUUUUGGAUGUGCAAACAAUAUGACUGAUGUGGAGCUCAGAGACACACUUGAUAACAUUGAGGCCAACAUGAAAAAGUCUGUUUGGAAACAAGUGAAUGGAAGUCAGGCUACAAUUUCAGUACCACUGGAGUAGAGGAUUCUGGGCGCCUGUUUCUCAUGACUGUUCACCGUAAAGAUGUGUCCGUUAAGGAUGGAUGUGAGCAUCAUGUGUCACAGAAGAGGGUCUUCUUGGGUCACGUUCUUCAUAGUCUACACAGGCAUGAUUUGUGUCUUCACACAUGCUCAAAUGAAGAUUCCACCUGAAACGGUUCAAAAAUGGGCUAUUACCCUUUCAGAGAAAAUAAAUGCCUUUGCAUCAAAAUAUUCAGGAGCUGCUCUAUUACAAAAGAAACUUAAAGAUGUUGAGCCCAUCGUUAGAAUAGAGGAGGUGGAUGGAGCACGCUUAGUUCUAGACUUUUCUGAUGAAAUUGAGAGAAUGCUUGGAAGCAAGAUGAAGUCUGUGAAGAGAUUGGCAGACACUGCUGAGGAUGCUGAUUUAUAUCAUGAGUUUAAUGCAUCUUUACAGUUCGACUAUUUCAAUGCAUUAUUGGUGAAUACUAUGGAUGAAGAGGGAAAUUUCAUCGAGCUUGGAGGUGAAUUUCCAUUGGAGGAGAAUGAGCAUUUCAACAAACUUGCAGUCAACACUUUAAUGAGCGACAUUCAAGUUCCAACCAACGUCUACAACAAAGAUCCAGACAUUCUUAACGGCGUGUACAUGUCUGAGGCCUUGAACGAUGUUUUCAUUAGUAACUUCCAAAAGGACCCAACGCUUACAUGGCAAUAUUUUGGCAGCUCAACAGGCUUCUUCAGACUCUAUCCAGGGAUCAAAUGGACCCCCGAUUCUAACGGCGUUGUUGCUUUCGACUGCAGAAACAGAAACUGGUAUAUCCAGGCUGCCACAUCUCCUAAGGACAUCAUCAUUCUGGUUGAUGUCAGUGGCAGCAUGAAAGGUUUAAAAAUAACCAUUGCCAAACACACCAUCAACACUAUCCUGGACACGCUUGGGGAAAAUGACUUUGUCAAUGUUAUUGCAUACACUGAUUAUGUCCGCUACGUGGAGCCCUGUUUUAAAGGGACAUUGGUUCAGGCAGACUUGGACAACCGAGAGCAUUUCAAGCUGCUUGUGGAAGAACUCCAUGUGAAGGGGGAGGCUAAAGUUAAAAAAGCAAUGAAGGAGUCUUUCCGCAUCCUAGCUGACGCCAGAGCAAAUGGUCAGGGCAGCCUGUGUAACCAAGCAAUAAUGUUGAUCACAGAUGGAGCCAUGGAAGACUUCCAAUCAGUGUUUGAAGAGUUCAACUGGCCCGACAAGAAGGUACGGGUUUUCACUUACCUUAUUGGCAGAGAUAUGACCUUCUCAGAAAAUGUCAAAUGGAUUGCCUGCAACAAUAAGGGUUAUUACACUCACGUCUCGACACUUGCUGAUGUACAAGAGAACGUUAUGGAGUAUCUUCAUGUUCUUAGUCGACCAAUGGUCAUCAACCAUGAUCAUGACAUAAUCUGGACUGAGGCGUAUAUGGACAGUGUGCUUCCUAACACUAAAGAGCUGUUCAGAAGUAUGGCUCACAGUCUGCUGCUCAUGACCUCAGUUGCCAUGCCAGUGUUCAGUAAGAAGAAAGAGACACUUUCUCAUGGCAUCCUGCUUGGAGUGGUUGGAACUGACAUCCCCCUAUCGGAAGUGAUGAAACUAGCCCCUAGAUAUAAGCUUGGAACUCACGGCUACGCCUUCCUCAUCACAAACAAUGGAUACAUCCUGGCCCAUCCUGAUCUGAGACCCCUGUACAACGAUGGGAAGAAGUUGAAACCGAAGCCCAAUUACAACAGUGUGGAUCUGUCAGAGGCCGAGUGGGAGGACACUGAGGACAGUUUGAGAACAGCGAUGGUGAAAGGAGAGACAGGUACUUUGGCUUUAGAUGUAAGGGCAGCUGUGGAUAAAGGGAAAAGGCCCUUGUUCCUGAAAAAUGAUUAUUUCUACACAACCAUCAAUGAGACUCCGUUUAGUUUUGGUAUGGUGCUUACAAGAGGCCACGGGCAGUACAUGUUCUUUGGGAAUGUUUCUGUGGAAGAGGGUCUUCAUGACCUUCAGCAGCCUGAUCUCUCGAUAGCUGAUGAAUGGACGUAUUGCGAGACAGAUAUUGACCCACACCACCGUAAGCUCACUCAGCUCCAGGCCGUGGUCCGAUACCUGACUGGCAAAGAGCCAGACUUGGAAUGUGAUGAGAUACUGCUACAGCAAGUUCUUUUUGAUGCAGUGGUUACAGCUCCACUGGAGGCCUACUGGACAACGCUAGCACUAACCGGCCCCGGUGUAGAUGAAGGCAUGGAGACGGCUUUCCUUGGAACCCGCUCUGGGCUCAUGCGUGUCAUCAGAUAUGCAGGAAGCGAGAAACGAGUGGGAAAAAAGUUCUUGACCACUGUGGACAAAGAGAACCUGUUCACUCUCGACCACUUUCCCAUCUGGUAUCGUCUGGCAGCUGAGAACAAACCUGGACAAUUCUUUUUCUAUGUCCCACAAGAUGAUGUAAACAAAGGCAGGAACACUUUUGUGGCGGUAACAUCUGUGACAGUGACUGAGGGAAAAAGAACAGCACUUGCCGGAGCUAUUGGAAUGCAAGCAUCCCUGGACCUGCUGGAGAGACUGUUUCUGUCUAUUGCCAAACAACCAAAUGACACAGAUUGCAGUGAUGUGGAUGGUAUUUGUCCUCUCAGCUGUGAGAGCAUUGAUGUCAACUGUUACAUUGUUGACAAUAAUGGCUUCAUACUCAUCUCAAAGGAAAGAGGUGAUGUUGGUAAAUUCUUUGGGGAAGUAGAUGGGUCGGUCAUGGCUCAGUUACUCAAAUCAGGCCUGUAUAAAAGGGUGACAUUGUAUGACUACCAGGCCAUGUGUAAAAAUGUUCACCAUCACGCCAGUGGAGCUCGACCACUGCUUAGUCCUUUUUAUGGUUUAGUGGCACUACUAAAGUGGUUCUUCUCAAAUUUCAUGAUGUUUCUACUGGAGUUCAACAUCUGUGGACUUUGGCAUAGUGACCAUGCAGUGGAUGCUAAGGCUGUGUAUCAUGCAACACACAAACAGAAGAAGCUGGAACUAGUGCAGCCUUGUAACACAGAGUAUCCCAGCUUCAUAUAUGACUCCUCUAUCAGAGAGACUAACAGCAUCAUUAAAUGUGGCCGUUGUCAGAAGAUGUUUGUCCUACAGCAGGUUCCUAACAGUAACCUUGUCAUGCUAGUUGUCCAGGCUGACUGUGAUUGCUCUCGACAAUACGCCCCCAUCACUCUCAUGCCCAAGGAGGUCAAAUAUAUCCUUCCAUGAUCAGAAA